GAAAAUUAAUGAGGAGAUAAUUUUCGAUGAAUUAAAUGGAAAGAACGUCGCUCGGAUUCAAGGACAAGGAAAUGAUAAACGAUUACCGAAGAAAAUUGUCGUCGAGAGCACGAGACGACGACGACAUCCGGAACCGAUAAACUUACCGAGCCGAUUAGAUAAAAAUAUGGCCGCUUGUCAUUCGACACCUGCGGUGCAACGUCUGCAGUUGCAGGACUCAACUCGAAUUGGUUAUGGUGCAAUCAACAACAUAAGUGCUUCGAGUCAAAAGACUCUUCAGCAAUCGACCUACCCGCCUCUACUCAAUUGGUUCUACCUGGCCAUUACUGAACAAAAUCCGUCGCAAUCAUCUGAUCAGAGCAAGCUACUUCCUACAAUUUGGAGCAAUUUUCCUGGUACGACGUCACAGACUUAUCCACAUCAAAACGCGUUGAAUCCGUCCGGACCCGUCAGACCCAUGAGAGAUAGCGGGACAGAAAGUAUCGCGGAUUUAGCGGUACACUUUAACGAGUUAGUAGUAGGCGACCGGAAACCGGCGAAGAAACCGCCGUCAACGUACCUGUGUCAUUUGUGCUUCAAGAAAGGACAUUACAUCAAGGAUUGCCCGCAGGCACGACCGAAGGGCGAGGGCCUGACGCCGUAUCAGGGCAAGAAGCGGUGCUUCGGGGAAUACAAAUGUCCCAAGUGCAAGCGCAAAUGGAUGUCGGGCAACAGCUGGGCCAAUAUGGGCCAGGAAUGCAUUAAGUGUCACAUAAACGUGUAUCCUCACAAACAGAGGCCGUUGGAAAAACCCGAUGGUUUAGACGUGUCCGACCAGAGCAAGGUACAUCCCCAACAUCUCUGCGAGAAAUGUAAGACGUUGGGCUAUUAUUGCAGACGCAGCGCUAUAAUAACUUAACGAAUUCCGUCCAAUUCAUCUCGCUGAUCCAAUUAAUUGCAAGAGAGGGAGGGUUUAAUGAUGAACUGAUGAAACAGCUCGAUACACUUGAACGCAUCGAUACGCAUCGAUGUGAAUCUUAUAGAUAGAGCGUCCAUUUCAGUUCGCAGGAUUAAAUAGAGAGAGUAAAAGAGAAAUAAAAUGAUAUAUUUUUAUGUAUUUUUACAAUUAGAAUUUUUUUAUCGCAUGGUUUUUGACGACCAAAGACGCGGCGUUCAAUCGCAGCUUUAUAUUUAUAAUAUAUAUUGAACAAUAUAUUAUCUACACGGACAUAAAAUGCACACUCAAGUGAGCAAUAAAUUUUUUGUUUUUUAAUAUUAUUUUGAUAAUCAAGUAUUCACGCGGAAAAAGGCGUGUGUUGUUCGAGUAAAAAAAAUGAGGGCAUUGUUCUCAGGGAUAAACUGUUCUGAGACCCUAAGAGCUAAGAAUAAAUAUAGAGAUCCUCAAGAAAAGGAGGUACCUCUAAAGAAAAAUAAGGGGAAAAACGACGGAAGAAAGAAAUAUUUCAAAUGAAUGUUCGUAGUAUUUACAGUAAUGUCGAGUUGCGUUAAAAUGCAGCAUCGACACGCAAUCCCUGCGCAAUCAAUAUUGUUUCACAAUAUUGCGCAAUAAUAUAUUGAUUAAUGUUUAUAUUGAUAUCAAUGUUACAUCUACAGUCAGUAUUAUAUACA